GUGGCCAAUAGUGCCAUAUGGUUAACUAUCUGUAUCUGUGGGCAACACAAUAUGUUGAUUUCUCAGCCUUACUCAUUAAUGUGAACCACAGUAUACCAAGUAUAAGCAAGAGCUGGAUAGGAAUUAGUUGCCUUAGCAAAAUGCAUAGCAAAAUGCUCCAAUCAAAUCUUCAAAGGUUAAAAUGCCUCAAGAAGGCUGGCAACAUGACGUACGCUAAAGAUAUGACAAACAACAUUCAACAAAUCAUUAUUCGGAGUCACAAGGCAUGAACCACAGGUGUACCUGUACUAAUAUUCUGCUGAUCUCACGGUGUGUGUCUGGAUUCAUCGUUCUGAGUGUGCUCUGACACACCAACAACUUUUAAAGACGCCGACGGCUCCUCCGACUGAUGAUGGCACAGGACACACCAAACAGACUCGAGUCCCUGACCUUGCCCGAAUGUCCGACGACGUCGGACGGCCGAUAAUCGGCUUGAUGGCCUCAUAACUCAGCCACUAUGCCUUGGCCAAAGAGGUCCCCAGGGACACCGGACCAUCCAGGAGAGGGAGCUUCUCUUUGUCCAAAAUGUCAGACAGGGCAAGCCCUGGGAUAGGGCGGAGCACUUCAUCACAAGUGAAAUCCAGGGCCAUCCUCAACUCGGUGAACUGGACACGCGUCACCGAUGGGUCAUCUGAGAAGCUCCCUGCAGCACACCUGGAGAAGCGCUGCUGUGUUCAUGGCCUGGCAUGACUGUCCCCCGCAGGCGUACGCCUUCUCGGAGAGGGAAGCCGUGACACAGCAGGUCUUGGUGGGCGGAGCAGGCCGGCCACCACUCGAGGGGCACGUGGGGAGAGGUUUUUCACCUAAGUGACUUGUUCACCUCAACAAUGCCUGUCCUCGAGGAAAUAUAUCAAAAUGCUGCAAUCAAAUCUUCAAAGGUUAAAAUCCCUCAAGAACGGUGGCAGUCAGGUCAAUGGGUACCCCAAAGAUACAACAACCAACGUCCAACAAGUCAUUUGGAGCCGCAAGACCACAGGUGUACUCGUACUAACAUGCUGCUGAUGUCAUUGUGUGUCUUGCUGCUGUGUGGGAUCAUAGUCCUGGGUGUUCUCUAUGCCAUCAAGGAGAGGACCCUUCAACAACCAAACAAUACAGGGUCAACAUCAGGCCAGUGCUCUGAUGGCUGGGAGCUCUUUAAUGGCACAUGCUAUUACUUCUCUCAUGAUGCGCUGAACUGGACUGCAAGUAGAGAUGAGUGUGUCACAGCUGGUGGCCAUCUUGUGAUAAUAAACAGCAAAGAAGAACAGAUCUACAUUGCUCAAAAAAUAAUCGAUACAGAUGGCUUCUGGAUCGGUUUGACAGAUUCUGAGAGGGAGGGACAUUGGAAGUGGGUGGACAACAAAAAUGUCAAACUCAAGUUCUGGUACCAAGGCCAACCAAACAACUCUGGUGGAGCUGGCAACAAGCAUAGCACUGGAGAGGACUGCGGCUUAGUGAGAGACGUGUCACAGGAACACAACUGGUAUGAUGAGUAUUGUGGUGCAUCUAACAACAGAAUAUGUGAAGCCCAGUCCAAGUGAAAUGCUACACGGUAGUAAGCAGUGUUGGGUCAGAUUACUUUGAAAUGUAAUCCAUUACUGAGUACAGACUACACACCAUUUUUUGUAAUCAGUAACAUAAUCCAAUGGAUUACAAAAAUAAUUUAACACGGUCUGAAUGCUUUUGGUUAACUUUUUAAUUUCUUAAAAAUUAAAUACAUUAGAUAAAAAAAGACACCCAUGACGCAAUCGUGUCAUGAUGUCAUUUUUUUAACCUUAAAAAAUCAAACAAUCAAACUCAUUUUGAUGCUAUACUGACUUAAAAUACGGAGAAUAGCAUGUCUGACAUUGGCAGUGCACGCCCAGAAUACCUUCUAUUGCAUUAUGAAAUGUUAUUCUCACGGGUAGGAACAUUUUGUCUGUUUCAGAACAGAAAAGUGUAUAGAAAAGGCCCUUGACUCUGUGUAUGUUUGCGAGUGUGUGUUGAGG